UCCUCCUCUCUCUGUCUCUCUCUCUCUCUCUGAGACUCCACUUGCAAAGUUUCUUCAUUAUUCAGGAAGAGGGAAAAAAAAGUCUGUUGUGAAGAAGAAGCCAGUCGUUGAGAAGUUUGACAGCGAGGGAGAAGAAAGAGGAAGUACUGUUUUCGAGGCUUAAAUGAGUUUGCGCCUUUCAGUUCUGCCACUCUCAGGAUGUUCUAAAGUUUGCCUCAUCGGAGCCAGGAAACUCUUGAUAUCAACCGAGCCUGCAGUUGCAUCGCGUCUACCUUUCUCUCUUUCUUUUUCUCAUUUUGUUCUGUAGCAGGUCAGAGCGACAACUACUUUUCAUCUUUGUUGAGACCUGUUUCGAUCGGGAACUCCUCCUUUUCAUUCCAGCUCUCCUCACCGUUAGCUACUGUACUGGGGCGGCAGCAGCCAAGCCUCUCCAAAAAACCUGCAGCAUGCGGCGCGUCCGGGACAUUUCUAAAAGUUAUGAGAAGAGGACCCAGUGGAGUGCCAGGUCAUCUGCCAGGUCCCGUGUGACUGGAUGGAUGCUUUGACUCCUCUGCUGUGUCGUCGAUAAUGACCCAGUAAGGCUUUGAAAAACCAUAUGAGUUGGAAACACUGAGUGGCACAAUGAACAAGGACUCCCGGUUAGCACGGAAAGGCAUGCCGUUGGGACACGGGCAUGGACGCAGGCACUCGUGUUUGGGUUUCGAUGUGGAGAAUGGGCUGUCGGUGGGGCGCAGCCCCCUCGACCCCCAGGCUAGCCCUGGCUCAGGCAUGGUCAUGCAGGCCAACUACCCCCACAGCCAGCGGCGCGAGUCUUUCCUGUACCGCUCCGACUCGGACUUCGACCUCUCUCCUAAGACCAUGUCCCGGAACUCCUCCACUGCCAGUGAGCUCCACGGGGAAGACAUGAUAGUGACACCAUUUGCACAGGUACUUGCCAGUUUACGCACCGUGAGGAGCAACUUUGCUGUACUGACUCAUCUACAAGAUCGCGUGGGCAACAAAAGACCACCAAGUAGCAACCCGCCAUCAAUGUGCAAACCAUGCCUAGCAGAGGAGCCCUAUCAAAAGCUGGCAGUGGAGACCUUGGAAGAGCUGGACUGGUGCCUGGACCAGCUGGAGACCAUCCAGACUCGUCACUCUGUCAGCGAGAUGGCCUCCAAUAAGUUUAAGAGGAUGCUGAACAGAGAACUCACACAGCUGUCUGAAACCAGCCGUUCAGGAAACCAGGUGUCAGAGUUCAUUGCCAGCACAUUCUUAGAAAAGCAGCAUGAUGUGGAGAUUCUGUCGCCGCCCCCCAAGGAGAAGGAGAAGAAGAAAAGACCCAUGUCUCAGAUCAGCGGGGUCAAGAAGCCCACGCCGACCCCCAGCCUGGCCCCCACCUGCAUCCCACGCUUUGGGGUCAACACACACCAGGAAGACCUGCUGGCCAAGGAAUUUGAGGACAUCAACAGAUGGGGGCUAGAUAUUUUCAAGAUAGCCGAAUACUCUGGGAAUCGUCCUCUGACAGUGGUCAUGUACUCCAUUUUUCAGGAGAGAGACUUGUUCAAGUCCUUUAAAAUUCCCACAGACACUUUCAUCACGUUAAUGAUGACCCUGGAGGACCACUACCACGCCGACGUGGCCUACCACAACAACAUCCACGCUGCGGAUGUGGUUCAGUCCACCCACAUCCUCCUCUCCACCCCUGCUCUGGAGGCAGUCUUCACUGAUCUGGAGAUCAUGGCUGCUCUGUUUGCCAGUGCCAUUCACGAUGUGGAUCACCCUGGAGUGUCCAACCAGUUCCUCAUCAACACAAACUCCGAGCUGGCCCUGAUGUACAACGACACCUCCGUUCUGGAGAACCACCACUUGGCGGUGGGUUUCAAGCUGCUGCAGGAGGACAACUGUGACAUCUUCCAGAACAUCAACAAGAAGCAGAGACAAUCCCUCAGGAAGAUGGUCAUCGAUAUGGUGUUGGCUACAGACAUGUCCAAACACAUGCACUUCCUCGCUGACUUGAAGACCAUGGUGGAGACCAAGAAGGUGACCAGUCUCGGGGUGCUGUUGCUUGACAACUACUCCGACCGCAUUCAGGUGUUGCAGAACAUGGUGCACUGUGCCGACCUGAGCAACCCCACCAAGCCCUUGCAGGUGUACCGGCAGUGGACGGAUCGCAUCAUGGUAGAGUUCUUCACCCAGGGAGACCGCGAGAGGGACAAGGGCAUGGAGAUCAGCCCCAUGUGUGACAAGCACAACGCCUCCAUUGAGAAGAGCCAGGUGGGCUUCAUUGACUACAUCGUGCACCCUCUGUGGGAGACCUGGGCUGACCUGGUGCACCCGGACGCGCAGGAUAUCCUGGACACCCUGGAGGAUAACCGAGAGUGGUACCAGAGCAUGAUCCCGCACAGCCCCUCCCCCUCUCCCUCCCCCACCACCCCGGAGGACAGGGACCAGGAGGGGGGAUCCGGGGGCGCGCCGGGGGCCAGCGGAUCCUCCACAGGAGGCGACAAGUUUCAGUUUGAGCUCACCUUGGAGGAGGAGGAGGAGGAGGAGGAGGAAGACAAAGAUUCAGACCUGGAGAGUCCGCCUGAGAGCGAGAGAGAGGACUCCAGGACCUCCCCGUCUCUGCCUCCAGACCUCGGGGGGGGUGGCCGCCCCCGCCCCCCCUCCCCCCGCCCCCCCCUCCCCCCACCCCGGUCGAAACCUCAGUCUGGCCACCAUGUCGGUCAGGAGCCCCCGUCACCACAGGACGUUAACGCUGCCGGGGUUGGACGACGGGGACGAGAGAGAUCGAGAGCUCAGCCAGGACGGGAGCGGCGUGGCGUACCUGCGUCUGGGCACGUAACACACACCACGGCCCCGCCCUGCACCACGCCUGCCUUUAACAAGCUGCCUCUCAUGGAGGUCUGUGCCAAUAGGAGCAGAGGCAGGACGGUCCUUUUUAAUAAGCCUGUAGUAACCACAGUCCCUUUACACUGGAGACACCCCUCUGGAAGAAAACAAGGGAGAUUUUCCUCCUCUUUUUUUUAUCUGGCAGAACAAGAAGAAUCGUUUUAGCCUCUUUUAUGAGUGCCAACUAGGCCUUUGUAUUAAGGCCUGCUUUGGGCAGUUUGAGUCUGUGUUGUGUCUUAGACACAGGCUGCUGUAUCUGACUGACUAGACUGAAGACCAACAGAACCAGUCUUACCAAGGUCUACUGAAAAAAACAUGGAAUUCUACUGAGAACAACAUUUUGAGAUGUGAGAUUUUCAGACAUGAACAGUGGAGGAUGAUGAUAGUAUGACAGGGUCCUGGGACAUUUUGCACCAUACAAUUUAGAUGAUGUACUUUUUAAAUGAAGCAUAAAUGAUUAUGCUUAGUAUGUUAGCCCUUGUGAAUGAUGUGAAUGAUAGGUUUUACCAAAUACAGUAUGUACCUGAAUAGCAAGAGAAUUGUGAUUUUAAACCUCAGGGUAUGAAUAGAAAAAAUAUUAUUUUGUAGCAAAAACAUAUUGGGUACCCCUCACUUAAACUGCGUGUUUUAUGUUUUGUAAAUCUGCUCUGAGCAUCCCUGAGACAAAGGGAGACUGAAACAUUGAGAUUAUUUAAUGGUUUCUGGCGCCCUCUGUUGAACUUCAUGCAACACUGAAUUUUCAAGGAGAAUAUAAUCUAUCAGCAACAGUAAAUUUGUAGGACUUUUUAUGGCGAUAAGAAAUUUGGAAAUUGGAAAUGUUCUCAAUUUCACAACCUUUUAUGUAACUUGUCCCACUGUGGUCUAUGUUCUGGGGUACCCAAUGCAAGUUGUUUUGAAUCUAGAAAACACCACUUACACUCAUCUCUUUUACAAUUGUUUUUUUUUUUUGUCUGUGUGAUCAUGUAUAAUGUUAAUGUCCCACGUUUUAAUUUGAGUUGCAAUGGUUAUUUUUUGUUGUUGGAGAUGUCAAUACUUGUGUAUCUGUGUGCUUUGAAACUUUUAUCAGGGUGCCUCCAUAUUAGCACUUUACAAUCUCAUAGGCAAUCCCUUGCUUUAGUCUAAAAAGGGCUAUAGCCAUACCAUGAUCAUUGUGAGCAUCAGUCAGCUUAAAGCUAGUAUUUAAUUCGAUGGUACGUUGCAGAAGUUGCAAAUUCAAAUAUAAUUAACAGAUUUGAUCAAAUCAGUUACUUUACAAGCGAUUCAUUCUGUAUUGAUAUUCUUGAAUGUUCCUUUAAUAGAUUUGUUUGUGGAGGGAAAAAACACUUCUUUCAACAACAAAAACAAACAUCAAGGUCAAACUUUCACAUAAAAAAGUGCUUUUGCACCGCGCAAAUCUGAUUUAGAUUUAAUUUAGUCAACGUAAUGAUUAGCUCAAUGAGCAGAACACUGACAUAUCCAGACCAGUUUCUAGCAUUGUGCUGAUUAAGUUGCUCUAUUUAUUGGAGAAAUGUCAAAAAAAUACAAUCUAUUACUUUGAGCGGGUAUGUGACAGAGAGAAGUAGC